ACACAAGGGCCUGGCAUCUCUUCAUGAAUACGAAGUAUCACUGUUGGCCGAUAGACGCUAGUGCUAAUAAACCGACCCCAUUCAAUCCAUGUAAAGGUGUUCAGAUUAAAUGGGUCAAGGAACCACCAGAUGUUGUUAAGUUCGGGGUAGAAUUUAACGUCACCUCGGAGUUAAUCCUUACCCCAGAGUUCUACACUUGGGGGUUCCAGCAUGAUAUCUUCAGCGGAAUCAAUGGCUCGGCUGGAGUGAGCAGCGGAACAGAAGCUCAGACGUGGUGCGAGAGUACAGCAUGUCCAGCAAAAGAGUUGGCCAAUAUGGAGAACUGUUGUAUAUAUCAUUACAACAUACACAGCUGUCCAGCCAACCAGGAGGGUAUGACCAACAACCUCUGUGGACCAUGGAUCCCCGCCAAUGGGGACAUAUUUACUCACUCCCAGGCAGAGGUGGGGCCGCCUACACAGGGGAACUGGUCCAGUAAUGUAAGAGGAUUAUUUGUGGAGGGGGAGCACUCCAUCAUAGCCCAUUAUAAAAUUGCUGGAAUGCAUCUUGCAUUGAUGAAGGAGGUCAAAGUUCAUCCAAAAUCAGUGUGUGGAGAUGGUUCUUGUCACGUGGAGGAGACCUGCUCCACUUGUCCUUAUGAUUGUGGAACCUGUCCUUUAUCAUCGUUACACAUUGGAAUCAUCGUUUUCUUCUCACUGGCUAGUGUCAUGGUCAUCUUUGGCUUCAUCACCGCUAUUUUAAUUCAGAAAAGAAAAUUGCUGUUGGAUGAAAGUUGGAUUGUUCCAUAUUCUAAAUUAGUAUUAAACAACAAUACCGUUAUGUUUAACAGCGUCAUCAGUCGUAUAUCGCUAAAGUAUGACGACGAUGACGUAUUCAAUGCUCAGACCGGAAUGCAAAUCUUUGCACAAACAGCGAGAUUAGAUGGAAAACUUGUUGCUGUCAAAAAUAUCAAUAAAUACAAUUUUAUACUCAAUAGAAGUGUUCGAUUAGAAGUUAAAGAAAUCAGAGAACUACGUCAUCAGAACCUUUGUCAGUUUGUGGGUGCUUGUGUAGAAGUCCCCAAUGUCUGUAUCUUGAUGGAAUAUUGUCCCAAGGGCGCUUUAGCGGAUGUCCUUCAGAACGACGAGAUUCCACUCACUUGGUCCUUCCGCUUUUCCUUCGCUUCUGACAUCGCAAAUGGAAUGGACUAUCUACAUAAUCAUUCUGUUAUUCACGGUCGACUUAAUUCUAGUAAUUGCGUGGUGGACGACCGAUGGUCUGUUAAAAUUACAGACUAUGGACUUCCUUUGUUGCGCAAACAUGACUUCAAAUCAGACGAAAUGACGUCAGAGUUUCAGAGCAGAAGGCGCGUUGUUUACCACGCCCCUGAAGUCGGUGGUGCUUUUCCAGUCUUUACAAAACCAUCAGACGUCUAUGCAUAUGGAAUUAUUUUAACAGAAAUUGCAAACAGAAGUGAUCCCUACGGGGACGAAGACCUGGAUACCUUACCACCCCACUGGAAGCCUCCAUUACCAAACUUGGAGAAGAGGGAUAAUGAGGAUGAUGCAUGUCCAACACCGACAGCCCUGUGUGCGCUGAUUGACGAGUGUUUAGAUUCCAGACCGUCAGAGAGACCUACCUUUGGUAAUACGAGGAAAAUACUGUACAAAAUCAACCCCAAUAAACAAAACCCCGUCGAUCUUAUGAUGGCAAUGAUGGAGAAGUACUCGAAGCACUUAGAACAGAUCGUAGCUGAACGAACCAAUGAUUUGAUGAUUGAAAAACAGAGGACGGAUCGAUUACUUUAUAGUAUGCUGCCAAAAGAAGUGGCGGACGUACUGAGGCGCGGCUACCAAGUGGAAGCUCAGUAUUUAGAGAAUGUUACGAUUUAUUUCAGUGACAUAGUUGGUUUUACAACACUCUGCUCAAGCAGUACUGCUAUGGAUGUUGUUAAUCUCCUUAAUAAACUCUAUAUAACUUUCGAUGAGGUUAUAGAACUUUAUCAUGUUUACAAAGUGGAAACUAUUGGGGAUGCUUAUAUGGUAGCUUCAGGUGUCCCCGAACCCUACCCUACGCACGCUGCUGAAAUAGCCCGGAUGGCAAUAGACUUGGUAAAAAAGUGUGAGGUGUUUGCCAUACCACACCUUCCCGGACAAAAACUCAAAAUUAGAGUUGGUAUUCACUCAGGUACUGUUUGUGCUGGAGUGGUGGGGUUAAAGAUGCCUCGGUAUUGUCUGUUUGGUGAUACUGUAAACACGGCAUCAAGAAUGGAAUCCACUGGAGAAGCUUAUAAAAUUCAUAUUAGUGGAAACACGUAUAAACUAUUACAAAAUGGAAAUUUCAAGUUUGAGGCACGUGAGAAAAUACAAGUCAAAGGCAAAGGUGAAAUGCAGACCUACUGGCUUCUUGGAGAAGACAGACAAAAAAGCGUCCCAACUAUUACGAAAUUAGAAGUUGAGCAAUUCUGUGACAUAUCAACACAAAAUCCCGGCAUAUUGCGCGUGCGUUCUUUACCGAACGGAACAUCCUCGAACGCAAAUUCAGUUGACAAUUUGUUGAAUGAAAUGAACAUGUUUAUGUAGAGUCGAUUGUGAAAAUUUUAAGGCUUUAUACGUCUUUAAGAACUCCUUUUUCACAGCUCA